GUAAGGGUUUUGUUUUGCAGUCAUGGCUACUUCGAGUUCGGGCCGAGAACCGCGACGAUCAGUUAAUACUUUGGGACAAGAGGAGCUGCGGAGAUUAAUGCGAGCCAAACAGCGCGAGUCUGCUGCGGGGAAAAGGAAAAUUGACUCGCCCUACGUUAGAUAUAACAGUUUGGGGAAUUUAAGUUGCUGCCUGUGCAAUGUGAUUGUGAAGAAUGAACUGCUGUGGCAAACACAUGUUCUUGGAAAGCAGCACAAGGAGAAUAUUAAAUAUUCUACAUCCAAAUCAUUUCCUGAAACUUCAUCUCCUCUCAAAAAAAAAAAGUUGGAACCAAGAAUUCUAGAUCAAAAGAAAGGACAAGAUUGUAAUGACCAAGCACAAGCAGUUUCAUCUAACUUGCCAAAAACCUUUUUUGACAAAAUUGAGCAAACAGAAGUAGAAAUAAUAUCUUCAAAAAGUUCAAGUGUUGUCUUACUAGGAAAUUAUAAAACUGAGGAAGGAAAGAAAGAAGAUAUGACAAAAGAAAUUAGAGAGAGGGACAGCAAAACUUCAUUGCCAACCCCAGCUCAGUAUGAAUUAUCUUCAGAUCUUGUUCCAAAAGCAGAACUUGUGGCCUGUUCAUCAACAGACUACUUGGAGAACAAUGCUUUAGCUACUCCUCAGUUAUCACAUUCCGAAUCUGUACAGAAGGCAGAACCACAAGAAAAAACCCAUCAAAGAAGAGAAAAUACUGCAGAGGCCUUACCAGAGGGAUUUUUUGAUGAUCCAGAAGUGGAUGCAAAGGUGCGCAAGGUUGACACUCCAAAGGAUCAGAUGGAUAAAGAAUGGGAUGAAUUCCAGAAAGCUAUGAGACAGAUCAAUACAAUUUCAGAAGCAAUAGUAGCUGAAGAAGAUGAAGAAGGACGACUUGACCGUCAAAUUGGAGAAAUUGAUGAACAAAUAGAAUGUUUCCGUCGUGUUGAACAACUGCGGGACCGCCAGGAAAUAAGAAAAGAUCAAUUAAAGGAAGCCAUGAGUCAAACAGUCACACAGAGUAAAGAAGAUGAUGAUAUUGAUAGUAAUGAUGAAGAUGAACUGCAGGACUUGCUGUCUCAAGACUGGAGAGCAAAAGGAACAAUAUUGUAACUGCCUGAGAAGAGGAUUAAAUUUUCGAAUUGUGACAUUGUUGUUUUAUUGUGUACUAACUUUUCUUACAUACAUGUAUGUAUAUAUAUUAAGUCUUGUAGGUAUUAAAACUAUCUGUUGAAUGUCAUAAAAUAUUUUUAAAAAAACUAUUAUAGCUGUUAAGGAAAACCUUUUAUUCAAGCCACUACUGUGCUAGCAGUAGCUUUUAAAUAUGCAUUGAAAUGUGUUAUUCAGACAGAUGAAUAUAAAAACAAGCUUUUACCAGUUAGAACUGUUUUGUAAUCUUAAAUAGAAACCUGUUUACUUUUAUUUCCUGCACUUAACAUAUGCCACAGUUGUUACCUCCAUACUACAUUGGAAACUUAAUGUUAACUUGUGUUUCCUCAGAUUCAUAAAUUAGCUAUUAAUCAUCUUUUAUAAUUCUAAAUCUAUUGCUUCAAAGAAAUCAGAGUUUUCAAAUUGACUGAAAUUUAUUAGUGCAUUUUGUAACUUGUAUUGAAUAAUUGUUUAUUUGAUACAGACAUUCAUUAGCAAAUGUCAGUGAAUACUUACCAAUGUAUAAUCCUGGGGAAGGAUGCCCCAUUAAAUUGAAAAUCAUGAGUUUUACAAUAAAAUCUAUUAUUUUCACAUGA